UUUGUCAAGGGGAAGUUAGAGUUGUGUAACAAGAAAUACUAAGUGUAGAAAACCAACAAGAGAGUUUGAAAAAAUAUAAGAGUCCGAGCAGUUUCAUGAGAAUUUUUAGUUGUAAUAUACACAAAGCAAGCACUUUCUGAAGCGUCUAUCGGUUCAAUUGCUUUGUUUUUGGAUGGAUAUACUUUCUGACUUUAAAGUCAAAAGAAAAAUAAACAUUAGCGUGCUUGUUUCCCUUGAGUUUGAAGGCUUAAGGACUAGUUGCUAAGAAUUGAACUAAUCCAGCAGUAAGCUUCUUUUCUACCGUUUAGAUUUUACAGGCUGUACCCAGAGAUAGUAGCAAAAGUACUGCCGAAUGCAAUUGCUCUAUCGUCCUUUAUCCGCUCGUUCCUAGAAAUUUGAUCUUUCAUGACAUUUUAUCUUGAUACCACGAAUUCCAAUCUUCCAGUUCUCGAAGCCAAUGAAGAAAUUGUACAUGCACAAAAUUGUGUUGGAUUAUAUUUCGAUGAAGAGAAGAGUCUCGAUUAUGGAAAUGGGACACUAUACAUUUCUCAGAAGCAUGUUUUUUACGUUGAUUCUGAAAACGCAAAAAAAAACUCUCUGAAAAUUCGCUUGUCUGAUAUAGUCGAGUUAAAUCACACUUCGCGGUAUUUUCGGUCUUCCCCAAAGAUUCAUCUUUAUCUCAAGUUUGUGCAAGAAAAAUGGGCUUGUAAAAUUUGCUUUUACAAUAAUACGGGGAGUACCUUGGAUCCUUGCAUGAAUUGUGGUGUUGAAGGCCGAUUUCGCCUUCUGCAGGCAGAUUGCCAUCUCAACGGGGAAGGUAAUAGAAAGAAAGGAAUCUGUCCUACUUGUACUUUUCAGAACUACCCGGACUUACUGUUUUGCGAAAUAUGCGGUACUCAGCUCACUCAUUUGCCUACCGCAGAGCAUAUACAGCUUUCCUUUCGAAAUGGCGGGUCUUCUAGGUUUUUUGAAAUUCUUAAUGAACAGAGACAGGAAACGAUUAAAAAAAAGAACAAUGCCUUGCAGGAUACUAACCGUCUCAAAAAGAUCAUUAACGAAAAAUCUUUACGAAUAGGAGGAAUUCGUGAUCUUCAACAAUCUCAUGCCCUCAAACUUGCUCAAAAUGGACAAACACUUGUUAGAGCAUUUCAAGACUUAGACGCCUUUUUCUCUUUAACCCAAGAGACCAUGGACUUGGCAGAUCAAUUCGUGGAGCGUAUACAAAACCUUGCAGGUGUUGCUAAACAAUCAGAUCAAGUUCAACAACUUUUGAAACGUACGCAUCAAUUGGGUUUGUUGAGAAACAAUUAUGCAAACAUGGUUUCUGAUAAUUCCAAUGCACACUUAUUUCAGGUGGAGCUAUGUAAAAGCAUUUCUGAAUUAUUACUAAAUCACUUAAAAUCUGACACCGAUACCAUAACAAUGACCCACGCCUGGGCCAUGUAUAACCGUGCUCGUAGAACCCAUCUUGUUUCUCCAGCUGAUUUUGCAAAAGCUUGCGAGCUGUUUUCUACGCUCGACUUAGGAAUUUCCGUUUCCAAGUUAUCAUCUGGAGCGUCAAUAUUUCAGCUCAAACUUCCCAAUCAAAAGGAAAAGUUUCUCUCUACCUUGUUGCAGACAAUGCAACCAAGUGUAACGAUCUCGCAAUGUGCUAUGAAAUUGCAUUGGUCUAUCGGUGUCACCAUGGAACAACUUGAAUCAGCAGAAUCGGAAGGCUAUAUCGUGAGAGAUAUUCAUGAAGAUAUUGGAUUUGGAAUUCAGUAUUGGAAGAAUCAGUUCCAAUAUUUUGAGAGCGAACUAGAUAAUUUUUUAGUUCCGUCGCAAAACCACGUAUGACAAGGAUAAUACAUAUUUUACGAAUAGAACUAUUUAUGAGCUAAUACAUACAUUCCUCUUUUUCUUUUAGUUUUUUCCACCCACACAAGCUCUUUUGUUUAUAUAUUAUAGCCUAUCAUUAUAUUCUAAUAAAGAAUAUCAACACGUAUGGACUGUAAUCCUCCACCAAAUACAUAAU